CAAAAAUCUAAAUGUUAAAUUUUUUAUUUUCAUCUGAGCUAUAAUGUGCAUUUGCUCAACUCGUGUACUCAAAAUCGUUCUUUUGGCAUUCAUACAUCUUGCCGCAGGAUUUAAUGGCGCGCAAAUAGCGAAGGACAUUACUUUGCUGGAUAAACUGGUGGGUCACCAUCAUGUUAUGCUUACUAUAAGUCUAGCACUAUGUGUUAUCAUACUAGUUGUUCUCUUAGUUGCCAUUUUUGCUGCUAUUCGUCAUCAUAUAUUGGCUUUAAACGUGACGCUUGUUUUCUUGAUUUUUAAGUGUGUAGCAAAGGGUAUUAUCGUAAUCGUUUGCGUAUUAACCGCAGAAACAGGUAUUGAAAAUACUGCCGCACAUUUUUGGUUCUUUCUAUGCUGGAAAUUCACGUGUUGCUGUAUGCUCUUUAAUCUAUUCUUUUAUAUACGGCUAACAGAGAAUUCAAGACAAGCUGACUAAUUCUUAUAAAGAGUAUUGAUUGUGUUCUUCGAACGAAAUAUUUUCAAAUUCUAUCUUGACAGAAUGUGCUUUUGUCCGACACUUGGUCUCAAAAUUGUACUUUUGUUAGUAAUACCUAUAACCGCAGGAAUUAAUGGUGCUCAAAUAGCCAAAGAUGUUUCUAUAUUGAAUUUAUUAAAGGGAUACCAUUAUAUUAUGCUUAUUAUAAGCCUAUCCCUGUCCGUAGUUAUACUGGCGACUCUGGUUCUUUUAAUAUAUGCGGCGAUCUGUAAUAAAAUUCGAAUUCUGAAAGUGAUGAUCUUUGUUUAUGUAGCCAUCGUCGUGGUGAAACUGAUAAUUCUGUUCGUGUGUCUAAGUACUGAAUUGAAUCCUGACAAGACGACAGCCCAUCCCAUAUUUAUGAUAUGCUGGCUCCUUACGUUCUUAUGUAUGGCCGUUAUAAUAAUAUACUGGCUUCGGCUACAUGACCUUGCCAACGAAGACAAUUAGACUGGUAUUGAAAUGAAUACUAUGAAUACUAUGAAUACUAUCUGGCAUAAACGCAAAAUAUCGUAUUACCUCCUCAUUAGAUCCGUCAUUGUGAUUUUCAGUGAUUAAUGUUAAGAUAUUAACUAUGUCGAAUAACCAACUGCAUUAGAGCAAAAACGGAAACUCACUGGAAACUUCAUUAAUGAAUUCAAUUGGAGUUAAUACCAAAAGCUAGCUGAAUUUGCAAAUUAUAAUGGACAUCGUAUUGUUAUACCAUCGAAAGCAGUGUCAUUUUAGGUCAAAAAUAUAUAUAUUCGUAUUUUUCGGAUAAAAUAUGGUGGAUAAUGAGGAAACGGGAUGCCUUCAAAGAUUACUCAGCGUUGGAAAGCUACAGAUUUGCAAGUUCAUAAUCUACUUUGUGUGGUUGGUCAAUUUCAUUUUCAGCUGUGCGGAUAUUUACAUAUACUAUUUCAUACUGAAGGAACACAUGCCUUGCUGGGAUUGUUUGUUCAGGUCCUACAUGAUAAUCGCUCUAACCGUAAAUGCCCUAAUGGCGCCGCUGCUGAUAGUCGGUUUUUUCUUCAUAUAUUCGCAUUUAUGCCGCGAAAUACGCAUUGUAAUUGUUUGUAAACAUUAUUUUUAAAAACACAGCGAUUGCCAAGAUUGUAUUUAAAUUUUACAGUAUGCCACAGUACUCUUCCUGGCAACAUGGUUGCAGAUGAUGCUGACUAUACUGUUUGCACAACAGUACCAAAUUGUUGGAGAUGUACUUCGAAUAUGGAUGAAUCGCAAGAGUUUGGAAUUCUACGAAAGUCGCUGCCAGUGCUGCGGAGUUUUGGGACCUGACGACUACAAGUUGGGCGAUCUGAAUAUCCCAAAAUCCUGUUACAAGAAUGGCAGUGAAAGGGAUGAGGACCUGUACCGAUCAGGCUGCUCCACGCGCUCCAUAAAGCCCGCGUCGCCCAUCAUCCAUGUGAUCUCCUUCGUAAUUCAGUAUGUUUUAGUCAUAUGCAUUGAGGUAUUCCUUAUUAUCCUGUUAAGGAGCAAAUCCCAACCCACAAGUAUGUGGUCUGAGCGGGUCACCGAAAGGUUUGGUAGUGUAAAAAAGUGACUUGCAGUUCUAUUCGGAUUUGGGAAGCAAUCCUAAAGAACAUCUCUGAACUUUAGGGCUAUUUUCCAACAUUGCAUGGAACUUAAGCAGCAGAUUUUCAUGUGAAUUGCAAUUUUGGGUGCGGUUUUCAAUUCACAUUGUACCGGGCAUGAGUAUUGGCAUUCUGGCGGGCGAGACAAAUUGGAUGCUGCCGGCUAUCGUCAUAUUUCACGGACUGCAAUCAAUAACGAUAAACACUUGAGUCGCAAAUCCAAUGUCCAGAAUCCUGUCCAACAACGGCAUGCAUAUGGAUGAGCCAAUAAAGAAAUCAACAAAGCAUGUCGGGCGAUUGAAAAAGUAUUGCAAAUACCCCGGAUAGCUGGGGAUUCGGACACGGAAUUGGACUCCAAUCCGGACAAUAUGCAAAUGCAGCUAAGCAGAAAAUAUUCAAGGACGAUCCAGCCCCACCCCCUUCAACAAACGCUCAAGUUUAUAUAUUCAUUUUGUGUCCCUCGUCCCGCGCAUAAAUUUUAUUGUUGUCAACAUUAAAUUCUAGUCGUGAAAAAC